GUUUCUCUUUUUUCGUCUAGUUUGUUUGAUUCAGUUCUUGUUCAUCUUUCUUCUCGAAGGUGUUCUGUCUUUCUUUGAUUCCUUCGAUAUCAUUCUUAUGAAUCCCCCUUUAUUGAAGUUUCAGGUCUUUGCAGCUUUUGGACAAAUAGUUGGAGGGAACUGGUCUCAAGUAAUGCAGUUAUAUCAUCAUCCUUACUCAUUAGACAGCCAAAGAGUGAGACUAGCUUUGGAAGAGAAAGGCAUUGAUUACACAUCAUACCAUGUGAAUCCCAUCACAGGCAAGCACAUGGACCCUUCCUUCUUUAGGAUGAAUCCCAACGCUAAACUUCCCGUUUUCAGGAAUGGUUCUCACAUCAUUUUGGACACUAUUGAGAUCAUAGAGUACUUAGAGAGAAUAGCUGAGGUUUCCUCUGGUAUAGAGGAUGCUACUUUUGGCAGAGAAGUUCUUGAAUGGAUGCGGAAGAUUAGGGAAUGGGACUCCAAGCUUUUCACUCUUGCUCACAUACCGGAUAAUCGUCGCCUCUAUGUUUCCAAGUUCUUGAGGAUGGUUGUUAUUGCAAGGAUGGCUGAGUCCCCAGACUUAGCUAGUGCUUACCAUAGGAAGCUAAGGGAAGCGUACGAUACAGAAGACAAACUAAAAGACCCUGGGGCCUUAAGGAGAAGCAAAGACCAUUUGCUUAGGCUUCUAGAUGAGGUUGAAACAAAGCUAGAGGGGACAAUGUAUUUGGCAGGGAAUGAGUUUAGUAUGGCUGAUGUAAUGCUAAUCCCGGUGCUAGCUCGGUUAUCGCUCUUGGAUUUGGAAGAGGAGUAUAUAAGUAGCAGGAAGAAUCUUGCUGAGUAUUGGGCUGUUGUGAGGAGGCGGCCAAGUUACAAGAAGGACAUUGCUUGUAAAGUCGAGAAAAAGCUUAUUACCCAUAUUUGAUCACCAAAAAUGAGAAAAAUAUUUUAUUUAAGAAGUUUGCGAUGCAAAGAUCUCAGGGUAAUAUCUUUGCAGAAGCGAAUAAAGAUUAAAGAAUGUG